AUGACCACCGCCGAGGACAUCCAGGUCCGCAUCAAGGAGGCCCAGGACGCCAUGAAGGCCCUGAAACAGCGCAAGGCCCCCAAGGAAGAAAUCGAUGCACAGAUCGAGGUGCUGAAAGCCCUGCAGGAACAAAAGAAGAGCCUUGGUGAGGACGGCGACCAAAGCAAGAAGUUCACCCUGAAAGUGCCCAAGGGCACCAAGGACUACACCGACAAGGAAAUGGCUGUCCGAGAAAAGAUCUUCUCGACGAUUACCCAGUGCUUCAAACGCCACGGCGGCAUCACCAUCGACACGCCUGUUUUUGAGCUCAAGGAAAUCCUCUCGGGCAAGUACGGCGAGGACAGCAAGCUCAUCUACGAUCUUCAGGACCAAGGCGGCGAGCUGUGUUCGUUGCGCUACGAUUUGACCGUUCCAUUUGCCCGAUUCCUGGCCAUGAACAGCAAGGAGUAUCCCACCAUUAAGCGCUACCAGAUCGCCAAGGUCUACCGCCGCGACCAACCCUCCGUUACCAAGGGUCGCAUGCGCGAGUUCUAUCAAUGCGACUUUGACAUUGCCGGCACUUUCGACCCCAUGAUCCCGGAUGCCGAGGUCGUCAAAGUCAUGGUGGAGAUCCUGACUCAACUGGAUGUCGGCGACUUUACCGUCAAGAUGAACCACCGCAAGAUCCUGGACGGCAUGUUCGAGGUCUGCGGCGUCCCCGCUGAGAAAAUUCGACCCAUUUCCUCGGCCGUCGACAAGCUGGACAAGAUGUCCUGGGAGGAUGUCCGCAAGGAAAUGACUCAGGAGAAGGGCCUGGAUCCCGCCGUUGCCGAUCGCAUCGGGGAGUACGUCAAGCUCAAGGGUGGCGCAGAGCUCUGCGAGAUCCUGGCAAACGACCCAGGACUGUCAAGCAACUCAAGGGCUUCUGCUGGCAUCAAGGACAUGCGCCAGCUCUUCAGGUUCCUCGACAUUUUCGGCAUCAGCGACAGGAUCAUCUUCGAUCUCAGUCUGGCCCGUGGUUUGGACUACUACACUGGCGUGAUUUACGAAGCCGUCUUCAAUGCCUCGAUGAACAAGGACGAUGAGUCGAGCGGCACUGGAUCCAUCGCUGCAGGUGGUCGCUACGACGAGCUUGUUGGCAUGUUCUCUGGCGGCCAGAAGAUUCCCUGUGUCGGUGUCAGUAUCGGUGUCGAGCGAGUUUUCUCGAUCUUGAUGCGCAAGCUCAACAUCAAGCAGGUCAAGGCCAACCAGACCCAGGUCUACGUUAUCGGUGUUGGAGACGGCCAGCUCGAGGAGCGCAUGCGUAUUUGCAAGGAGCUCUGGGACGCCGACAUCAAGGCCGACUUUAUGCACAAGGCCAAGCCAAAGCUGCAGGCUCAGUGGACAGCCUGCGAUAAGGACCAGAUUCCGCUUGCGAUCAUCAUCGGCGAGAGCGAGGUCAAGGAAGGCAUCGUGAAGCUCAAGGAUAUGCGAGCCAAGGACAGCGAGCAGGGCGGCGGUGUUACGAUCAAGCGAGUUGAGAUGGUGGCCGAGAUCAAGCGCCGCCUGGAGGACAGCCCUAACGAGGCCUUUGUUUCAGCCAAGGCUGCUCCUGCUGCUCCUGCUCCUGCUGCUGCUGCUGCUGCUCCCAAGGCCAAAGGCAAGGGCGCCGCCCCCAAGUCGCCUCUGACCGGCCCUGCUUCUGGUGUCCGCAGCAUUGUGACCCAGGCUGCUCACCACGGCCCCUCUGGACUCGAGUUUGUUGCCGCCCAUGAGCGGGCUUACUACGGCCCCAGCAGCCCUGCCAGUGCCUCAUACCCUCCCUCCUGGGGUGCUUCCGCCUUUGGACCAGUCUCUACUGCCUGCAAGGUCGACAACUCGUCCAAGGCUACCGAAAAGCAAUCUGGAGCCCAGCCUGCUGCUGCUGCUGUCGCUCCCCGCUCGAUCAAGAUUGAGACCCACACCGCCGCUGGAUCGUCACAGCCCCAGCCCCCGACCCCCAAGGACUGGGUCGCUGCUGAGGAGCGUGCCUACUUUGGCCCGGUUGUUGGCGGUUGGUAA